CAAACCGAGUACUUUUCACCACACUUGACUUUUGAAAUUUAAUAUGAAAAGCACUCGAGCGUUUUGUUCUAUAUUUAGAAAGUUUUAACUUCCUUACAUGGCGAACUAUCAAAUGAUUAUAUUGUAAACGAGGAAUUUAUUAUUUCAAAGGAUUCGUGGAAUUCCUCAUGUGAUGCUUCAUACUACACACAUAUUUUGUACUUGUACCCUGAUACUGUGUAUUGCCAAUUUUGGAGUAUCAACAAUUACACAAGGAACAGGGAUAGUUUACACAGCGGAUAGACGUAUAUGUCAAAAUAUAACAUGGAAACUGGAGAGUCAUGAUGUUUAUGUUAACGUGACAAAGGUCGCGAGAAAGGGAGAUGGUUCAGGGAAAAAUGUGAACCACACAGUGCUUAAGCCUGGAUUAGUUAAUGUUACCACAACGACGGAGAUUUGUUGUCCAGGCUUCUUUGAAAAAAGAAAAGGGAAAUGUAAAAGAUGUCGCAACAAUACAUAUGGUCUAGAUUGUCAGAAUAAAUGUAAUUGCACAGACGUCCAAAAGUGUGACCACAGAACUAGAGAAUGCAAGAAAUGCAAAAGGAAGUGUGAAGAUGAUGACGGAGGAGAUGAUGAUGAUGAUGAUGAUAAGUCCACGGUAUCAACCCACGACUAUAGUACAACACCAAGACCACAGUCAACAGUGAAGAGUUCUGCACCUUCAACAGUUAUAGGUGCAACUGAAGCUGACAAUGGAACUCAAUACAAUAUAACUACAGUCCAUCCUUGUGACAUAUGUGAACAGUUUGGAAACUGUUCGAAUGAACCCGGCUGCGCUUUAGUACCAGCAGGACAUGGAAGUAAGGUUAAAGAAGGCUUAGGAAAGGGUCAUACAAUAUUAAUUGCCGUUGUUCUGUCUUUAGCCAUACUUACAAUUCUAUUAAUUACCUGUAUUGUCUUAAGAGAAAGAAAUCACAGAAAACAGAAACAGAAAAUAAAAGAAUCAGCACUAGUUAAAUUUUCCAGCUCCGAUGAAACAACAGAGUAUGUCGAUCCAGAACCUGUAUAUUCUGAAAUAAAAGAAGAAGAAAUAGGUGUACGAAAUGGGAACUGUUAUACACCAAACCUUCCAGACAUACCUGUCAAUCAUGAAUACUAUAAACUGCCAGAAACAGAUAAAAACAUCGAAACAGAUGAGUGUGGGUAUCUCAACCCUUACACUGCAUUACGAUUCGCACGAAGUGAAAGUAAUCUGUUCAGGGACAGAGACUUGCGUGAUAAAGGAACAUAUGAUGUAACAUAUUCCUUAGCAAAAGCGAUACAAAGGGACGAUAACUCAAGUGCCGAGGAGCAUGGAGAUUUGGAUAAACUCAUGAAUGAUUCUAGUCAGAAAGAUGAACGGUCCAGUGAUGUGCCGGUUUAUUUUGUGCUGGAAAAAAAUGAUAAACAAACUGAAUCUCAUGAUAACCCUGAACGAGAAAAACUUUUGAAACGGGAGUCAAAAUCAAGGUCGAGCAUUUAAUUUAGACAAACACAUUAUUUAGUGCAAUAUUUAUUGUUAAAAUUGCAGUUAUAUGUCAAUAUGACGUUGCUUUGAAUUCUAAGCUGACAAAGAUCAGUCUAUAUAGUAAUUGCAUCAUUGUUGAUCUGUAGUUACUAAGUUUCCGUCAUACUGGUACUUAUUUAUUUAAUAUAUUGAAUUGGUAUGUUCUCAAGUUAAACUAGAGAUACAAUUGCUACUUUCCUAGGAAAAGUUUGUUUGAACUAUUUUGAUGUUUUGUACAGGUCAUUUUAGGUAGUUUUGUCUCAACAUUUUUGACUUUGUGUAUAUGUGUAUCAAACUUUUUGUGUAUUUAACUUCUUAAUUGUUAGGCCAUGAGCGUAUGUCAUUUGAUUUAUUCCUUGAUACACUUGUCAUGUGCACUAAAAAAUUAGAAUAACAGUAUCUUUAAUGUAUGAAAUGUGUGUACAAACAUGUCAAUUUGACAUGAUAUACACUAAUAUUACCUUAUAUAGCCCUGCUUGUAGAUAAUUAUACUGUUGACCAUGUAUCAAGCACGUUCCAUUUGUAUCUGAACAGUUUACAUUCUGGUGUUUUGCAAUAGUUUUU